AUGAAGCUCCUGAAGCCUUGGUGGGCGGGCGGCGGCCUCCUGCAACUCACAAUUCUGUUGAGCUUGGUAGGGCUCCGUGUGGACCAGGACCUCUGCCUGCCGCCGCCGGCCGCCGCACUUUGGGAAGAGCUGCUCCCACUCUGCCCCACCCGCCCCGCCUCGGCUUCUAGCCCCUUCUCGGCCUCGGAAGGCUGGGAACGCACCCCCCUGCUACCUGCCAAAGGCCGGCUGCUGCACGAAGUGCGCGCGCUCGGAGUCCCCUUCAUUCCCCGCACCCGCGUGGACGCGUGGCUAGUACACAGCGUGGCGACCGGGAACGCAGACGGGGCCCACGGGCUGCUCGGCACCGCCGCCUCGUCGACCGUGGGAGACGGCGGCCAGUCAGCAUCCGCGGGCGGCGGGGACCCCCGAGCGGCUCAUAGUAGCCCUCUGGCCGCGGAGGAGGAGGAGGAGGAGAAGGCGGCCGAACCGACGGCGCAGGUGCCAGAUGCAGGCGGAUGCGGGAGCCAGACAUUUUCUGUUUAUAUACAGAGCCAUCUACAUUGGUCAGAUACAGCUUUCUCUUUGGAAGAUUUAUUCCAACUACUUUCAUCACAGCCUGAACAUUCUUUGGAGGGCAUCUCAGUGGAAGACAUUCCACCUUUUCUGAGCAGUGUCUGUGAAAGUGUUAAUUCCUCAGCACAGAACAUAAAUUUGAGCCAAGCUAUAAGCCAUGAUGUCAAUCUUCACGAAGCCAUGCUGUUGUACCCCAACAACACAUUUAGAAGAGAUCCAUCAGCAAGGUCUUCACAGGCACAAGAACCAUUUCUGCAGUUAAAUUCUCAUACAAAUCCUGAGCAAGCCACUCCUGCAAUGUCUCUUCCACCAUUUGACAAUCAAAUGAGGAACCUAACAAGCCAAGAUCUCCUGUAUGACCUGGAUUCAAAUAUAUUUGAUGGAAUAAACCUAAUGUCAUUGGCCACAGGUUUCAGUCCAUUGGAAGUUUCUCAACUUUUUGAAGAACCAGAUUCUGGGCUCCCAUUAAAUUCAAGUUACAACAGCACCUCUCUCACAAACUCUAAUUCUUCUUACCGUAUUUAUGAUGGAACUGUAGGUUACCAUAGUGACCUACAGUCUCUUUGUCAUGAUUUAGGUGCUGUAGGAGGCUGCUACCCAGAACCCCAUAAACAUUGUCAUAUGGACCAUAGGACUAUAGCUGGCUUUCAUGUGUCCCUUGAAUGUCAGCAAGUAUUUCAUGACCACACUUACCAUUUACAGUCAGGUGCAUCAGAGCCCACAUCUGAAUCUUUUGCAUGGUCUGGGAAGUCACAGAAAACCAGUGGAUGCCUUGAUAACCCAGAUAGAAACUUGAGCCGUGAUGAACAGCGUGCUAAAGCUCUGCACAUUCCCUUUUCUGUAGAUGAAAUUGUCCGUAUGCCUGUUGACUCUUUCAACAGCAUGUUAAGCAGACACUACCUGACAGACUUACAAGUGUCUCUCAUCCGUGAUAUCAGGCGAAGAGGAAAAAAUAAAGUUGCUGCUCAGAACUGCCGUAAACGUAAACUAGACAUCAUUUUGAAUCUAGAAGAUGAUAUAUGUAACUUGCAAGCAAAGAAAGAAGCCCUUAAAAAUGAGCAAACUCAAUGUAGCAAAGCUAUUGACAUCAUGAGACAGAAGCUACAUGGCCUUCACCACGAUGUUUUUAAUAGAUUAAGAGAUGACCAAGGUAGGCCAGUCAAUCCAAGCCAAUAUGCACUUCAGUACAGCCAUGAUGGAACAGUUUUGAUUGUACCCAAAGAGCUCGUCUCAUCAGGCCACAAAAAGGAAGCCCCAAAGGGAAAGAGAGAGAGAAGAAACUGA